GACAGAAUUGACCGUAGCAGCAGCAGCAGAAGCAGCAGCAGCAUCAGAAGGAGCAGCAGACUCAGCAGCAGCAGCAGCAGCAGCAGCAGCAGCAGUAGCAGCAGCAGCAGCAGCAGUAGCAGCAGCAGCAGCAGCAGCAGCUGAAGGAGCAGCAGCAGCAGCAGCAGCAGCAACAGCGGCAGCAGCAGCAAUGGCAGCAGCAGCAGCGGCAGCAGCAGCAACAGCAACAGCAGCAGCAGCAGCAGCAGCAGCAGAAGGAGCAGCAGCAGCACAAUUGGGUUGGAUUGACACCCCAACACAGGUGUACACCCAACUAGGGAUGUAAACACAAUAUACACAACUAGCAUAG